AUGCGUUUCACUUCGAUCAUCGUCGCUGGCAUCUUUGCGCUCUCUGCCACCGCACAGUCGACCACUGGGGAAACCAGCGUAUCCUCCACGACUACCAGCGCUGUUCCAACCAACUCGGUCCAGGCUGCCAUUGAUAACUGCCUCAAGGCUUGCGAAUCUGGCGACGUCAACUGCCAAGCCAAGUGCAUUACCGUGCCGAGCCCUGACAACGCCGCCGCAAACGCCACGACCGAGUGCGUUGCCAACUGCGACCAGGGCAGCGGCAGCGCCGCCGACAACACCGCCUACGGCAGCUGUGUCGACGGCUGCAUUGCCCAGUACUUCUACUCCACCACUGGCGGUGCCUCCGCAGCCACUGCCACCGCCGCUGGCACUGGCACUGGCACUGGCAGCGCUUCUGUCACUGCUAUUGUGUCCACCAUUACCGAUGCCUCCACCACUUUUGAGACAACUGUCGGCUCCAGCACUAUCGAAGCCGGCUCAGCUACAGAAUCCGGCACUGGGUCGUCUGCCACAUCUACCUCCUCGAGCGCCGCCGGCAUGCUCUUUUCACCCGCGGCACCGGUGGGCCUUCUCGGCUUUUUGGUUGCUAUGCUUGCUCUGUGA